AUGUCGGGUUCUAAAAAAAAGAGUGUGGGUUCUAGUUCUUUAGCUGAUGAGAUGAAGAAUUCUUUGAAGUUUGAGGAAAGGAGUAAUUCGGGAGAAUCUGCAUCGGUGUCUGGUCAUAAUGUGAGUAGUUAUGCUGCUGCUGCUGCUUUGCCGGUGGAGUUUACUCCGGCAGUGUUGAAUGAGAAAGGGAAUGAGUAUUACGAAAAGAAUGAUUAUAAUGAAGCGUUGAAUUUUUAUGAAAAAGCUAUAGCAAUUUGUCCGGGCGAUGGUGGAUUACAUUAUAAUAGGGCUGGUGCAUUGAUUCGUCUCAAACGAUUUACGGAAGCAAUAAGGGAAUUUGAAGAAGCCAUUAGAUUGGAUCCAACACUUGUUCAACCACGCCAGUGUUUGGGACUUUUGUUACUUGGUUUAGGACAGGCUGAAAAUGCAAGGGAGCACUUAUUUUCCAUGGGUCAGAAACCAGAUCAAGCCACGUUGCAGAAGUUGCAGGCAGUGGCGGAACAUAUAGACAAAUGCACUGAAGCCCGGAGACUUGAAGAUUGGACGACUAUGUUAAAAGAAGCUAAGGCAGCAACUACUUCUGGAGCUGAUUCAUCUCCUCAG